AACAGUGGCUGUGAUUGGUUUAAAGACACGUCAAUUUUCACGACGUGUAAUUCUAUUGGACGGUGUGAUUCAAUGAGGGCGGAGUUUAUCAGAGAAGGACUCGCUGUUGAACUUGUGUGCCUUAUCAGCUCCAUGCUAGGAGUUGUUACACGUGAAAUUACACUUUAACCUGACAGUUAACUCUCCAAGAUCUUGAGCCUGUCGCCCUUUGCUCCCGACCACAUUUGGACUAUAAAAGAAACAACAUGGCGAAAAUUGGCCGACUCUCAACCAAGGAUGCAGUCCUCUUCCUGUGUGACAUGCAGGAGAAGUUCAGACCCAACAUCUUCCAGUUCACCAACAUUGUCAGCAAUGCGUCCAGAUUGCUUCAGGCCAGUCGCGUUCUGGGCAUCCCCUCUAUUUUGACGGAGCAGUAUCCUAAAGGCCUGGGACCCACUGUGCCAGAGCUGGGAGCAGGGGACCUGACAGCUCACGCUAAAACUUCAUUUACCAUGAUGAUAGAGGAGGUGGAGAAGCAGCUGGAGGCCCUGGGGAACCCAAAGCAAGCCAUACUGUGUGGAAUUGAAGCACACGCCUGUAUUGCAUGUACAACUUUCGAUCUGCUGGAGAAGGGGAUGGAGGUCCAUAUUGUCGCUGAUGCCGUCUCAUCCAGAAGCCAGACGGACCGUUUGUUUGCUCUGUCUCGGCUGAAGCAGAGCGGAGCUUUCCUCACCACCACGGAGGGCGUUCUGCUGCAGCUGGUUCAAGAUGCCAAACACCCCAACUUCAAGGAGAUCCAGAAGCUUCUGACCCACCCGUCCCCUGACACAGGCCUCCUGGCCUUCUUCAGCGCUCUGUAGAGAGAUCGUCUGUCAUUGCGUCCAACUGUACAGAAAUCCAAAGCUACCAACCUGCUGUUAAAGUCUAUAAAAUAAUAAAGCAAUAAUAUCACUUCAAA